GCUGUGAAGGGAGGAAGGAAGCAAGAAUGCUUAUGGGCCUGCAGCGGGUUGUGUUUGGGACAAAUUGUUCAAAUACUGGGAAGAAUAAUAUGUGUUUAAAGUAGAUUGUUUUUAAAUCUAGAUUAUUUUGCUUCUCAAAUGCACUUAAAGAUCUGACUCCUCAAAGAAUCACUUCCAAACUACUGUAAUGAAUUUUUUUUUAUGAUAAAAUGCUGCCUUUUACACAUAUUAAGAAGUUUACAUUUUGGUUGUGCUUUUCAUAGCUGGUCCCCAUGUUUUUUAAAAGAAAAUCUUUCUACUUUUCUUUGGAACAGGAUAGAAUAGCAUGUUUACUGUAAUACCGAGGUAUAUGCUAGAUUCUACAUGCAUUCCAUGUAGGAGACAUGGACCUGGAAUUGAGGGGACCUUGUACACAUCCCUGGGUUUACCAGUAGGCCAGCUGGAGGAUACUGGCUUACGCAACCUUGAUUUCCCAUUUACAAAAUGGAAAUGAUUAAAGCCAAAGCUUUUUACAUUAAGUGAAAUGAUACGUAUGAAGUGUCUUAAGUUAAUGGGUAAUUAGAUAUUUCUUAAAUUUCAAAAAUUUCUGGAAAUAGUAAAAUUGGUCAGCUCUAAGUAUGAGAAAAUUACAUGGCCCAUUAUAAUCCUCAGAUUUGUAUAGGUCAGUUCAUAUCAUUUGUAUGCUAUUAUGAAAUGUACUCUAGUCUUCCUUGACUGAAGUGGCACAGGCUGCUAGUUCAUCAGGCAACCCAUAAGUUGCUGGCAUUGUUUCUUGUGUAUAAAUGCAAUUAAUUCUCUUCUUAAGUCAUACAUACUUAGUAACAAUGAGCUAAUCAAGCAUGUAUUUGUGUUUUGGAAAAUACUGAUAAUCGAAUUAUACUUGAGCUGGGCAUGGUGGUGCAUGCCUUUAAUCCCAGCACUCAGGGAGCAGAGGCAUAUAGAUCUCUGUGGGUCUAAGACUCCUUUACUGUGGUUCACUACAUUGUGGUCCCCUGAUGCUAGUGCUCUGUGCAUGUCACAGUCAAGUCUGACCCUAACACUAUAAGGAGACAGGUACUCUCGAGUCAGAGUCAGACAAGGAAACAUCUGCUGGGGCAUAGUUCCUAUGAACACUGCUUAGUUGUCAGCUCAUCCAUACGAGCCUUUCCCAUCUCUGCUGCUCGCACUAGGGACUUUUGGCAUCUCAAGUCUUUAGGAAUCCUAAGAGCAAUUAACCUGUCGGUCUCGUGUGUCUGUCAGUCCUCUGAGAUUCAUAUGUGCCACAACUUGCGAUAGACUAUGUCACAUAUCUCUUACCAGCUUCCUGUUGACAAAUUUAAACAAACCAGAAUAAAGCUGGAGGUUAACGAGAGUGACAGGCUUCAUAUGGCCAACUGUUCUCUGACUCCUUCUGUCUUGUUCAUUGAUUCAUUCAUAAACAUUGAUUUGACUUUAGGACGAGGCACUUUGCCACUAGAUGCUUUCAGAUACCACUCAUUUUCAUAAAACCUUGUGAGAUGUUGAUGCCAUUUUAUUGGUAGUCCAGAGAGAUUAAUUAAUUUGCUUCACAGAUAGAAAGCAGAAAACUAAAAUAGCAUUUAAAGUCAGGUAGAAUUGACUCUGGACUCCCCCCACCCCCUUCUUUGUUAAAUUACAGCACAUUGGUAUUUAUUUAUAGCCAUCCAGGAUUGGUGGUGAAGAUGAACUGUACAUGCACAUCCUAGUGACUUCUCACCCAGUCCUAUGGGUGUCUGCAUUACUACCCCAUCUCACAUCUCAGGAAAUUGCUGUCCAGUACCAGCCUGGUGAAGUUCCCUUUUAUGUCCACUAGAAGGGUCACCGACAACAUCCUGGCCAUGGCUCGUCCAUCCUCUGAGCUGCUGGAGAAGUAUCACAUCAUCGAGCAGUUCCUCAGUCAAGGCAUAAAAACAAUAAUCAACCUGCAGCGUCCUGGGGAGCAUGCCAGCUGUGGGAAUGCUCUGGAACAAGAAAGUGGUUUCACGUACCUUCCUGAGGCAUUCAUGGAGGCUGGCAUUUAUUUCUACAACUUCGGGUGGAAGGAUUAUGGCGUGGCUUCCCUCACUGCCAUCUUGGACAUGGUAAAGGUGAUGACAUUUGCCUUACAGGAAGGAAAAGUAGCUGUCCACUGCCAUGCAGGGCUUGGGCGAACAGGUGUGCUAAUAGCAUGUUAUUUAGUUUUUGCAACAAGAAUGACUGCUGACCAAGCAAUUAUAUUUGUACGGGCAAAACGCCCCAAUUCCAUACAAACCAGAGGACAGCUGCUCUGUGUGCGGGAAUUCACUCAGUUUCUGGCUCCACUCCGUAAUAUUUUCUCUUGCUGUGACCCUAAAGCACAUGCUGUUACCUUAGCCCAGUACCUGAUUCGCCAGCGUCAUCUGCUUCAUGGUUAUGAGGCACGACUUCUGAAAUAUGUGCCAAAGAUCAUCCACCUAGUUUGCAAAUUGCUGCUUGACUUGGCUGAGAACAGGCCAGUAGUGAUGAAGAGCAUGUUAGAAGGAUCUGAGCUCUCUGCUGAAAUCGAAAAGACUGUGUCUGAGAUGGUCACAAUGCAGUUAGAUCAAGAGUUACUCAGGCAAAACAGUGAUGUGCCUGACCCGUUUAACCCUCCCACAGUGGUGGCCGAGUUCGAGAAUCAGGAUGUGGUUCUUUCUAAUGAAUUUGACCCCCUCUGGAAGAGGAGGAAUAUUGAGUGCCUUCAGCCCCUGACACAUCUGAAAAGACAGCUCAGCUACAGUGACUCAGACUUAAAGAGGGCCAAAGCCACCCUGGAACAAGGGGAGACACCUUGGACAGUGCCUGCCCAGGAGUUGCUAGACCACAGUCUCCAGCAUCAGAAGCCUACAAGCCAUUGCUGCAUGCCACCAACUCCAGAGCUAGGUUUUAAUAAGGAUGCAUUGGUUCAAAAUACAUUUUCUUUCUGGACUCAGACAAAGUGUGGAGGCUUAGAAGGACUCAAGGAUGAGGGAUCGCUGCUUUUGUGCAGGAAAGACAUUCCAAAGGAAGUACAGCGGAGCAGAACCUUCUCUGUGGGUGUUUCUUGUUCACACAAUCCUGGAGAACCAGUGCCACCCAACUUCACAAGUAUCCAUAAGGAUCAGGAGCAAGUCACCCGCUACCGGUGUGAGGCUCCUGGUAGUUGGGUUACAGGCCCUGUUCCUGAGAUGGGCAGGAGCCCCUGCAGCCCUCUGAACUGUGGCUCCAGUGCGAAGGCCCAGCUCCCAUGUGGACAAGAAGCCCAAGACAACACACAUCUGUCGGAGGCAAUGCCGCAGGCUGCUCUGCAGCCUGAGCUGAGUGCUCAAGCAAGGAGAGUCCUGGCAGCCAAGGCCCUGGCAAACUUAGACGAGUUUGUUGAAAAGGAGGAAGUGAAAAGGAAAGUGGAAAUGUGGCAGAAAGAACUGAAUUCCCGAGAGGGAGCCUGGGAACGAAUAUGUGGUGAGAGAGACCCUUUCAUCUUGUGCAGUUUGAUGUGGUCUUGGGUUGAGCAACUGAAAGAGCCUGUAAUCACCAAAGAGGACGUGGACAUGCUGGUCGACAGACAAGCAGAUGCUGCCGAAGCCCUGUGUUUACUAGAGAAGGGGCAGUACCAGACCAUCCUCUGUGUGCUGCACUGCAUAGUGAGCCUGCAGACGCUUCCUGUGGAGGUGGAGGAAGCUUGCCUUUCGCAUGCCAUUAAAGCUUUCACCAAGGUUAAUUUUGAUUCUGAAAAUGGACCAAUAGUUUAUGACACCUUGAAAAAAAUAUUUAAGCACACGUUGGAAGAAAAGAGAAAAAUGGCAAAAGACAGCCCAAGGCCUGGCCUCUCCUGAGGUUUUCUUCUCUGGACAAGCAUCCAGCCUAAGCAUCCAUCCUCCUGAGGGUGGCGCUUCUGCUCCCCGAGAGCCAGCCUAAGCAUCCAUCCUCCUGAGGGUGGCGCUUCUGCUCCCCGAGAGCCAGCCUAAGCAUCCACCCUCCUGAGGGUGGCGCGUCUGCUCCCCGAGAGCCAGGGCUGGCCGUGCUUCCUGCCUCACUCCACUGUCAGUGCUGUCUUCUGUGCUGAGAAUGACGGUUCCUUUUUUUAGUUAUUUAUUUUAAAAUAUCUUUGAGCUGUGUCUUGAAAAAUUGCCAUAAAGUUGGUGCCACUUUAUUUAUUCACUGAACUGAUAUUGUUGUAUUGACAUUUUAAGUAUGUUUUAUUUGUGUCCUUACUCUUUUUGACAUUUUGGAGAAAAAAAAAAUAACCCUUUCAAAACAGUUAUUUUUUUUUUUGACCAAACUCUUUGUGGAGUUUUUACCAAAUAGAUCAUUUUAGUAGUAAAACCCCACUAUGUAUCCUUUCCAAGAUAUGUGUCCCCUCCCUCAGAGAUAUGACCUAAGAUAGUCACCAAGUGUCUUAAACAGUUUUAUAUUUGUUACUAAGAAGACUAUUAAUACAUUUUAAAGUACUUUUUUUUUAAAACUUUGAAGCCUUUUGUUUUUCUUUUUUUACAGAUGUGGCAAAGUCUUUCAAAGAGUAUUAUUUUCAGUGAUUCAGCAGUUCAGUUUACUUUAAUAGACUGGCUGGAGCGGUUGGGAUUUUGUACUUGUAGAAAGGAGACUUGCUCUUUGUCAGGCUUCCAGACAACCUCUCUCUUGGCUGUCAGGGGAGGGAGCAGCUCUCAACCCAGAAACCUUCCUCUGCUUCCCCAACCUGCUGCCGAGCCAGUUCACUGCUUUACAGAGAAAUGGAUCAGAUGUGGCCAAUAUGAGCAGCUGCUAAGGAGCAGAACUGGCCUUUGUCCUCCCCAGGACUGUGCAGAAAGGACAGCAGUGCCGGGGGCAGGCUCCUAGCCAGCCCUGCUCCAUGGGGGCUGUGUGGCCAUCCUGCACAGUCUGUUCAGAGCUGGAGCAAGCCAGUCCGGCCACUUUCUGUCAGGAGUGCUGGCAUUGCUGCCUGGCCUGUGCCCCACAGCUGCCCUGCCACAAGCCCUCCUGCCUCGGCCUCUAGCUCUAGCAGCUGUUUUGCUGUAAGGAUUAUUAUUUUUAAGUUGAAUUUGACCCUAGGUUGCACUCACCCUAACUGGCUUCAAAUAAGCACAGGUGACUGGUCAAAUUUGUUUAACUUUAGAUUAAGCUAGUAGUCAGCUAUUGAGGCCUUAUUUAAACUAAAUUAAUACAUAAGAAUAGCAGAGCUCAUGCCAUAAUAGUUUUUUUGACAAAGAUGAUAGCUAGACUAAUUCAAACUAAAGAAGUAAUAACUCUUUGAUUCUCAGAAUUUUAGGAAAUAAGCAAGACUAAAUUAGAAUAAAUGAAAUUUCUCUAACUCAUGCCUUUCUGAAUUACAGUCUAGUGUAUCCAAAACUAUUUCAAUCAUUAGCCUCACCAACUCUGAUGGCAAAGGCCAAGUGCAGUUUCCUUCCCCUUGAAUGUUCUUGGGAAAGGAAAUUCAGUCAUGGUUAAUGAACCGGCUUUCCCAGUGCUGAAGUAUCUGAAGUGCCUAGCCUAACAACAGGAAAUCCAUGUACUCUGUCUCCUGUGUACAUUCUAAAAGCUGACGUUCAAAGAGAAUGCUUGUGGUCACCUCUUGUCAGCCUUGAACGGGCAAGUGACACUGUGGACCUUCGCCACCCUCCCUCCUUAAAGCCAGCAACACCUGUGCAUUUGCAAUACAUGUUCUAAGUUCUGCAACAGUCAUGUGCUGACACCACUGCAUGUCAGAAAAUCCAAAUACAGCGGCCUGAGAAGGCACUGUCAGGCUCUGGGCAGGUGUUGUGCUUCUUUGAAUAAAGGUGAAAAGGACCAACCAC